AUGCUCGAGGUCAUAAAACCACGAACUGGAAUUGUGGGUAUCGAGAGGAGUAUACAAGAAAAACACAAGCAAACAGACAAAAAUAUUUCUGCAGCAUUUCAAGACCUCAGCAAACUGAUGACAAUGGCAAAGGACAUGGUGCAUUUAGCCAAAAACAUUUCUGAUAAAAUCAGGAUGGAGAUCACAACUUCGGGACAGAUCCAAAACAAUAUUGGGAUCACCCCCCUCUCUUCAACGAGGGCUGAAGAUGCAGGGAGUUCAAGCGAUGGUCGGAGCGUUACAUACAGUUCUCCAACAAAUCCAGAGACGUGUGCUCGUUCUCGCCCCUUCUCUCGACUCCAGUUCCUACAAACCACUUCCUCGAGCUCGGACAGAAAGACUGGCUCAAGUUCAGAAAUCAGCAUCUGCUCGUCACCAGAACGAAGUGACACCGAUUUAGUAAACAAAUCUCCACUUUUCAAAAAAAGGAGAAAUUUCUGUCCGUUUUGCAGAAAGUUGGGGACAAAUUUCAGUAGACAUUUGAUACGCUAUCACAGUGACGAAGACGAGAUGAAAGAGUACCUGGCCUUAUCGGACGCAUCCCCCCAUAGAAGGAAAGUGCAACGAGCGUUGAUAACGCAGAAAAUACGUAAUGCUGGAAAUAACAUAUACAACAAUGAAGUGGUCAACGGCAAGAUUGUGGGUAAAAUAUUGCCCGUGAAACGGUCGUCCAAUAGAAAAUACUCGGCAAACAAUUUGACCCACGUCGAGUGUAAACACUGUUUGGGAAUGUUUAAAAAACAAUCGCUGUACAGACACAUAGCGAACUGUAAACAGUAUUCACCAGACGAGUCGAGCAAGCAGAAUGAUACAAGGAAAGGGCGAAAAGAUAGAAAACUGGCACAACACUCGUCACUCUUGGCAAGACACAAUGCCAAUUCGUCCGAUCUAUUGAAAAGGGAUGUCUUUCCAAAAAUGCAAAGGGACUCAGACACCCUAUUCGCCCAAGGCGACAGAAUCAUUACCAGAUACGGAUCAAAUUUGAGGUUCAAUCACCGCACGGAUAGACAGAUUUAUUACUGUUCCAGUAAGAUGCGCACUCUAGCGCGGCUGUUCUACACCAUGAAGAAGACUCUGCCUGAACUCAAGGAAUUCCAGGACUGUUUGAAUCCGAGAUAUUUCAAUACCCUCGUAGACUCGGUUCGGAAGAUGAGCGGAUUCGACGCUGCCAGUGGAAACAUGAAGACUCCAAGUGUUUCUCCGAGACUCUGUUCCGCACUGAAAAGCUGUGCGAAUAUUGUGAAAUCGGAUGCUAUAAAAGAUCCAGUUUUGACAGACCGACAGAAGGUGGAGAUAAUCGACCGGGCUGAUAAAUUCCUUUUUCUCAUCGAAAAAGACUGGGCCACAGAGGUAGGUUCGAUCAGUGAAAAGAGCCGGAAGCAAUUGAGAGUGGUUAAAGAAAAUUUACUACCCGAUGAGGUGGAUAUUGUAACGUUCAGUGAGUACCUGGCCAAGUUAUGUCCACAUUACACACAAAGACUGAAAGAGAUUCCGACUGUUGGAAACUACGAGAAACUUGCCAAACUAGUAAUCGCCCAUAUAAUCACACUGAACCGGCGCAGACCCAACGAAACAGUGGAAAUCCCCCUGGAAGCUUACCAGACGACUCUCAACAGGGAGGUGAGCUACGGCCACGACGUCCAGAGCGUGGUGUCCGAGGAAGAGUUUAAAAACGGACAAGAGAUGUCCAUAUUCUAUAUCCCGGGGAACAAGAAUAUUAAAAAGGUACCCACCCUGUUGAGAAAGAUGUUUCACGAGGCUGUAGAAACACUUAUAGAAUCAAGGGAAAAGAUCGGUAUAACUAGCAAGUAUCUCUUCGGACGGCUAGGUGAUCCGGAGCUUUUUUCCGGUUCCGUAGUGUUGAAAGAGCUAGUGAAAAAGGUCAACUUGAAGAAACCAUCACAUUUCACAGCAAACUCACUUCGACAUCACGCCGCCACUUCAAGUCAGUUACACCAUAGAAAUGACACAUACACAAAAAGACUUUCACAGUUCAUGGGGCAUGAUCUAAAGACACAUGAACAAUAUUAUGAGAUGCCACUGCCACUUAUACAACAAUAUGUGGUUGGUUCAAGACUUCUUGAGAUGACUCUACCGACUCCGUCCACAUCGGCAACCAUCACCUCUGGAGCCCUCAAUGGCGAUUCUGGUCCAAGUGACGAGACCCCCGCCCCAAGACUUAGUCUGUCACCUGACAUCAUCACAGAGGAGUCGACUUCUUCAUCAGCGACUGUCACAUCGGGCUCUCUCACCUGCUCUUCAAGUACAUGUGACGAAAAUUCAGUCCCAGGGUUUAAUUUUCCUUUCGUCAUCAACGUCCCCACUGAAGUGCCGAAGUCUUCAUCGGAGACCGUCACGUCAGGCUCUCUCGCCUGUUCUUCUAGUACGGACAAAAAUCAAUGGUUUAGUUUCCCUUUCGACAUCGACACCCCCACCGAUAAGACAAAGUCCUUGUCCGCAACCGUCACAUCCGGCACGCCUUCAAGACUCGACACCGAAAGUGAGAACGCCAGUGGAACCCAUAGCACACUCAACCAGACUCCGACCUCUGGAUCCAACAUUGAACCUGACACUGAACCGGCCAAAACGUCGGUCUCGUCUCCGCCACAAAGUAUACAAAUCCAAACUCCACCUCGUCCUGUUCAGAACACCCCUCGCCUCAGCCUAACACCUUCUCCACGAUCGAAUGCGAAUGCGAUAUUGACGGCCGUUGUGGACCCAUUGCAGAGCCAAUCGCCCAGACAAAAUAACGGAGCGAGUAAGCAGAGUUUUCCGGCGGAGUCUCCGAAAGUUAGACACACAAAAGUAAGGUGGUCUACAGCAGAGAAGAACGUCAUUUACGAGAAGUUAGGACGUUAUUUUAUAACAGACGCAACGAGGCCGACACGGAAUGACAUCAAACUGAUCUGGGAACACGAGGAAACGCUGAAGAAUCGAACAUUACAACAGGUCGUCACUUUUGUAAACAAUAUUCUAACCAAAAAACAGACCAUUCCGACUUCUAUAAUGAGGAAAAUCGAAAGUAUGAUAUCAGAGGGUAGAGCACAUCUAGACCUGUAA